AUGGGCGAAGAAUUUCCGGGCCAUUUGCUCAAGUUCCCCCAGAACGGGAUCCCCGUCAACUUCGUCCCGGCCAAGGCUGGCGAGAUCAUCCAUCUCGGCCCCAUCACUUGUCGAGUGCUAGAAGAUGGCUCACGUACCGACAACCGCAUCGGUGCCGCCGAAUUCACUCUCCCCCCGGGGAUGAAAGGUCCUCCGGCCCAUUGGCACGAGAUGCACGAUGAGACCUUCUGGACUACCAAGGGGACGAUCCGCUACCACAUCCCCCGCGAGGACGGCACCGAGGAGACCAUCGACGCCAAAGAAGGCGACUACGUUGUCGUGCCGAUCCGGGCACCACAUACAUUCAGUAAUCCCACCGACGGCGAGUCCAAGUUCUUCAACACGUACACGCCGGCCUUUUAUAUCAAUUACUUCAAGUUGUUGGGCACCAUGGUGAAUGGAGAUCGGCCCAUCACGGCACAGGAGCAUAUUGAUGCAAUGGCGAAUUAUGCGACGUUGCCUAUCCCUAAGCCGACAAAGUCAUAA